AUUUACUGUUAAGAUUACAUCAUGCUGUGUGUAUGAGACAGAGGAAGAGACAGAAAGAACAGAUAGCUUAUUUCUAACAGCAAGGCCACUGAUUUUAAUGAAAAGAAGAAUGAUUUAUGUGAGGUUGAUAUCUGAGGAAGUACAGAGUGAGAAAUUGGGGGGAAAAUAACUCUAGUACGAUGAAGAAAAUAAAAAGGGAAUUAUAAAGUGAGAGAAGGGAAUAAUCUAGAUAUUGGAUUAGUUAUUCCCUGGGUUUUUGCUGAAAGUAGUAUUGAUGAUGAUUAUUUACAAUUGGUGUUCUUGAUGUGUGUGGUUUGAAUGCCAUAAAUUCAUAUAUCUUUUCCAGUAGAAGCUGUCUAGAAACAUGAUUACAGACUCCAUUGAUAAAAGCUUCCAUUAGUUUAAGGAUUAAAAUGUAUUGUUUCCCUUAGAGUAAAAUUGGUAAGGGGUAGAUUUUAUCUUCUAUGUAUCCUCAGAAAAUACAGAAGUGGGAGAGCCAGUUGGAAAUAUUUCACUUCUCGAUGGAGAACUAAGAUUGAGAGAUUAGGGGAGCAUGUAUUUGAAAUUCAUCCCGAAAACUUUAGGGAGAAACACAAGAUAUCUCUAAAGUUCAUGCAAUCGUAAAAAGGUAUUGACCUUAGUUUUUUAAAUCCUCCCUGCCAUUUAUUAGAUGAGUUACCCUGGGGAAGUUCCUGAAUCUUCUGAACACUCAGUUCUCUCAUGUGUCUCAUAUGUCUCAAGUGUCAUUUUCAUAUGGUUGUUGUGGUGGUAAAAUGGCAGGUACUUUUACAUAAUAUUCGUUUAUCACCUUCUUUCUUGCAAACAAAGAGGUGACUGAAAACACCUCAAAUCCCUAAUCAAAUGGUUAAACACAAAUUGUAAAAUAUAGAGGCCUCUUGUUUCCAACGACGGCACUGGGUGCUGGUCUUGUUUCCAACAGGUAGAGCACAAUGGAAAGAGCUAAUGUCAGUGCCUUCUCCGGAUUCAUUCUCUUGGGCUUCUCUGGCAGAUCCCACCUGGAGACAGUUCUCUUUGUGGUAAUCCUAAUCACCUACUUGUUGAGCUUUCUAGGCAACAGCACCAUUAUACUUUUGUCAACUUUGGAACCCCAUCUCCAUACCCCUAUGUAUUUCUUCCUUUCCAACUUGUCUUUUAUGGAUCUUUGCUUGACUACUUGUACCGUCCCUCAGACACUGGUCAACUUCAAGGGGAAGGACAAGACCAUCACCUAUGGUGGCUGUGUCACACAGCUCUUUAUUGCCUUGGGACUGGGGGGAGUGGAAUGUAUCCUCCUGUCUGUCAUGGCUUAUGACCGUUAUGUAGCUGUCUGCCGCCCACUCCACUACAUGGUGAUCAUGCAUCCCCAGCUUUGCUUGCAGUUGGUUGCAACUGCUUGGCUUACAGGCUUUGGUAAUUCUGUGAUGCAGACGGCAUUGACCAUGACUCUCCCUCUCUGUGGUAAAAACCAAGUGGACCAUUUCUUCUGUGAAGUCCCAGUGAUGCUGAAACUGGCCUGCACCGACACCUCCAUCAACGAGGCUGAACUAUUUUCUGUCAGUGUCUUCUUCCUGGUGGUGCCACUCUCACUCAUCUUAGUGUCUUACGGUCACAUUACCCGUGCAGUCCUGAUGAUUAAGUCAGCACAGGGUAGACAGAAAGCUUUUGGAACCUGCAGUUCUCAUGUCCUGGUGGUGAUCAUUUUCUUUGGCACACUCAUCUCCAUGUACCUCCAGCCUCCCUCCAGUUAUUCACAGGAUGUGAACAAAAGCAUCGCGCUCUUCUAUACUCUGGUGACUCCUCUGCUGAAUCCCCUGAUUUACACGCUGAGAAACAAGGAAGUCAACGUGGCACUAAGGAGAUUAGUGGGGAGAACCAUAGCCUCAAAAGAGGGUUAA